GCUGUUGCUAUAAAAAUUGUGUUUUCACAUGAUUUCUUUUCCAGAAGGUGACAAGAUAGAACGAGACGAAAUUGGAGAUUUUGUUGAACAAUUUGUCCACCUUAAAUCACAGGAAUCUAUUAACGAAGAAAUUGCUGAAGCUUUUGCCAAGUUUGAUACAAAUGACGGCUUUGUCAUCACUAAAGCAGAUUUUAGGGAGAUUCUCACGAAACUUGGCGAUGAACCAUUAUCUAAUGCACAGGCUGAUAAGAUUAUUGAAAGUUUAGAGACAGAUUCUGAAAAUGUGAAUGUCCCAGAUCUAUCAAAGUUGUUGAGUGGUUGAAAUACAUCGAAUUCAUGAAAACGACAAAAAAAGGAAAACACAAAACAACAAAUAGCUUUUAGAUAUAUUUAAACAAUAUACAUAAAAAACAAUUAAUAAAGAUAUAUUUGACA